AUGCCCAAGAAGACCAAACAGCCCCUCGCCCCGGGCUCCUCGAAAUCCAUAACAGUGCACCUGAAAUCAGCCCGCAACCCGUCCCUCGAAUUCUCCCUCCCCAACACCGCCCUCUCGACGACCUCCGUGCAGGAUCUCAAGGACGCCGUCCGCGAGCGCGUGACAGACGCCCAGGGCAACAAGGUCUCCCUCGACAAGAUCAAGAUCCUGUACAAGCGCAAACCGGUGACGGGGAAGACCAUCGCGGAAGUGCUUGCCGAUGAGCCGGAGAUGCUAUCUGGCGGGAAGGAGGUCGAGUUCGGCGUUAUGAUCAUGGGCGGGGCGCAGGUUGCUCAGAGUGCGGGUGAGGGUGAGGGGGCAGGUGCUGAGCAGGUGGAGAGUUAUGCGCCCCCCAAGCCUGCUGUUGGGCCUAGUGGGGAGAGUGUUGUGGCGACGGAGGCUUUCUGGGAUGAUUUGCAAGGCUUUUUGGAGCAGAGGCUGAAGGAUUAUGAUGAGGCGAAUAAGUUAAGGGUGCUUUUCCAGGAGGCGUGGAGGUCGAGCUAG